AUGGUCGAUAGUGGUGUCCCCCAGGGUUCAGUACUGAGACCCAUUUUGUUCCUUAUCUACGUGGACGAUGCCGCAAGAGAUUUAGACUGUGAAGUUGCAAUGUUUGCGGAUGACAUGAAGAUAUGGACUGUAAUUCGGGGUCCUGCCGAUGAAGACAGACUGCAGAUGAACCUGAAUCGGUUGGAGGAGUGGUCAAACCGUUGGCUCCUGCGAUUCAACGUUGCCAAAUGUAGCAUACUUCGCCUAGGCAACACAGCCAGAUCCGCCAGCACAAGAAACUACUUUCUGGGCGGUGCAGCCCUACAAGAGGUCGAAGCCCAAAGGGACCUCGGUGUGCUGACGACGAGUUCCCUAAAACCAUCCUCCCACUAUUCGAGGGUGGCAAAAACCGCAAUGUCCGUACUGUACGCCAUCAAGCGUGCGUUUAUGGACUUUGACGAAGAAGCUUUCUCUAAGAGAUUCGGAACAUUCGCCCGGCCGCAUUUAGAGUACGGCAUACAAGCUUGGAGGCCGUGGGCUGUUGUGGAUCAAAACUGCCUCGAAAGAGUCCAGAGGAGAGCCACGAAGAUGGUUAGGGGUCAAAGCUCCUUCCCUUACGCAACCCGCCUAGUAAAUCUGAACCUCUUUCCUUUGAGUUACAGGCAACUUCGCGGAGAUCUCUUGCAAGCCUUCCGCAUUGUAAAGGGGUUGGAUUGCAAUCUGGCCUUCGAAGAAUUUUUGAAUUUGCUACCACGACCAACCUCCGAGGUCACCCGUUAAAACUGCGCACUCAGCAGGCACGGCUGGAUGUGCGGAAGUUCUCCUUCGGGGUUCGGAUGGUCAAACCAUGGAAUGAGCUUCCCGCAGAUGUUGUGAUGUCACCAUCUAUACAAAGUUUUAAGAAGAAUCUGGACAUAUUUAUGUUCCGAAAUGACCAAGAGCGAUGAGAAGUAGAGCACACGCCCCGUAACUCGUUCUCAUUUUGUCCUAUAAUUAUGGGCGUGUUUGAACUAUUUCAGCCUGGAACAUGUAUCUGUAUGUCGAACAUUUUUACGUUGCAAAUAGGGUACUCAAAGGUUUACGCCUAUUUCCCUCAAUAAACUGAACUGAACUGAACCUUCGUUUGGAAUAAUUUUGCAUUUAAACGUAGUUCAUCGCAUACAUUAUAGUAAUUCAAAUCGAAAUUACGUAGGCGCCCUACCUUGGAAGACACAAAUUUAUUGCUGACCGCUUCAUUAACGAUCACUCAAAUUCUGGAUUUUUAAAGGGGUCCUCAGAGGACAUUAUGGUUGACAUUACAUUUUUUGAUUGUUUAAGUGGUAACCCAUUUAAAUUUCCGAACCCUCUGUUUAUAAUUGGCUACUAUACCCACUUCUUUUAAUCCUCCCGUGCAGCGACGAUUUUUUAAUAUCAUCUCCUCACUUCGACCACAAUAAAUAUGUUGACGAUCACGGCGGACCCCUCUGUCUUCGACAUUUGUUAGUAAUUUGAUCGGUCAACGAAGAAGUAUGGUGGUUGUAUCCUCCUGCGCUUUGAUCUUCCCCGCAGCGUUUUAUAGUCCCUCCUCGGCUGGACUCUUACCUGACUGUGAGCGAUCGCGUUUGAUUUAUCUGGUCUCGUCAACGUUGACGGUUGUUUAUGCUAUCAUCAAGGAAAUAUUAUAAUUGAACCUGCGACCAAUAGCCUCGGCCGAUCUAGGAGCUCUACUUAGCGCGGGACGUUUCGGACUCUUAUAAAUUCUCAACGGCGGGACGUCCCUGUCUGACCUACAUAUUUACUUUUCCAUGGCAAACAUAUUAUACCCGACACCCGAUAUAGGUUCAAACUAUAAGCCCAGACACGGGCUUCGUCGAUAUUCUGCAGCUGCGUGACGCAGCUGAGAGGCUAUUGGCUCCCUACUGUAUCCCCUAGCGUUCCCUACUGUAUGAUGGCGCUUAUCCACUCCUUACUAUAGGCGAGUGAAGUGGAAGAAGGACGAACAUAGGGCGUCACUCCAGUUGUUGGGUUUAAUAUUUAUGCUCCAACGGUAGACCCGUCCCACCCCUCGACAUAAAUGACAGCAGUUUUAAUAACGCCGGUGUUCUGUUUCGUGUCACACCUUGAGUUAUAUCCCACUGGGUUUACUGUAAAUGCCGACUGAGGGAGCUAGAGCAGAUGUUAUACUUCAUGUGGCAACAGAGAUGCUACGUUUCUAACUACACAAUUAACACGUGCAGUUUCGUCCCUAUUUAAAUUUUUACUGCCCGAGUAUCCUUAGAAUUUAGUUAAGCAUACAAUAGCUCUUGUUCAUAAUCUUCUUCAAAAGUUAUUUCUAGAAAUCAGUUUUUCUUGCGGUAUCUAGUUUGCUUACUCUUAUAUUCACGAAAGCAUGAGGUUUUGACAAUUCGAGAUCUUCCUUUGCAGUUUUUUUUGUACUUUGUUUUCUUCUAAACUGGCAAUGGGAGUAGAGAUGAAAGUUUUAUAACUUGGAUUUAUGAUGCAAUAGUGUCCCCACAUUUUACUUGCAUCCUUUGAAUUGACUGUCAUGUAGCGAUAACUAUCAAAUCAUAUUUGAUACUUUGGCUGUGGCACAAACAUCUAUACGUUCGUCAGACGCCACAGGCUUUUUGCGUAAAAUGUUGAUCACUGUCUGGUGCUUGGCCAUUUUUUCGAUCAUGUUCUUAAAACAUUCCUGACACACGGAAAUGGCGCAGAUUAACCGGUGCCUGAAAUUCCUGAUAAUACGUUAUGAGCCCGAACUCAUGCAUAUCGGGGAAUAAGAGGGCGUAACCAAGACUUAUGGUAAAACGAGAUGCGUACUUUGCAAAAGAAUCAAAUUUAAGACGCAAGUUACAAUUUUGACACGGUAAGUUUACAAAGACUUUAGCUGACAAACCCUGAUGCAGAGAUUUUGCAUGGCAAACAUUUAUUAUAAGUAGCUCAACUUAUGGUUAUAAUUAAUAUUUGCGUCUAUAGUUAAGCAAGCGUUAUGAAUAGGGUUAGGGUAAGGGUCUCGGCUACGGUUAGGGUUAGGUUUAGAGUUGUUGCUAGAGUAAUGUUCACGGGUUAUUGAUACAUAGGUCAAGGAAGAAAUAUUGCGAUCGAUCAAGUGACCAACUGGGGAGAACAGGGGCGAUUGGACUUACAACAGAUAAAAGACUGCAAUUACUGGUAGUGAAAGAGUGGUUGCUCUUUUGUAUCUGUUAUCUUUUUAUUGUACUGUGUAAUUUCCUGGCCGAAUCCUCCUUUUUCCAUUGUUUUUUAGACUGCUCAUUAUCACGGCCUUCCGUGUUUCGGUUGUGUUAGGGUCGUGUUGGUUUUACUGGCGGUUCGCGACUGCCCGCGACUGUGCCCCACAUUUUUGCUCCGUUAAUAUCUUGCACCUUGUGAAGGCGCAAAAGAAAGUACGCUUUUGUUUUAAAAAUAGGACUUCUCCACGAGAAGUGCUCAGCACAUGUGCGUUUUGUCGAUCUAGCAUUAUGGUGACGGAAGGCAGAAUUCUUUUUUAAGACGUCAUCUUUUUGUCCGGAUGAUGCUUUAGCAUUCAUAUCUUAAAUUCCCAGUACACAUUGUCUUCUACUUCACAUGUGAAAUGGCGCCUUUUCUAUGUGUUUAGUUCAUUACAUGAACGUUGAAGCAAAAAUUCGGGGAAUAAGUAUAUCAUGGGUAAUGGAACACUAUCUUUAUGAUAACAGAUAUAAUUGGAUAUGCGUAGCUACCUACCUAGGUAGUGGAGGUUAUUAGCAAACACAACUUUUUUGAAGAUUCAUGUCUGCAAUAUAUUAGUACAUCAUUCAGGGACUGGAGUGAUCAGGUUGCUUAUAUUUGCUUAUUCUGUUUUUUUAUAUCAGACAUAAAAUUCACCUUGCAAAAUCCCGCUUCCUUCUGUUCCCAUUUCCUCUCGUGAACAUGAAGGCGCUUAGCUGGGGUUCAGGUCGGGGCGCGUCAUGGGCGUAAACGUUCGAGGGCAGCGGACAUGAUGCUGACCACUUAAGACUUAACAACGAAAAAGGACUCUACUUCCUUGUCUUCGAUGAACUUUGACAGGCACACACAAACCUCGUUUUAUUCAAAACAUGAAGCAAAAUGUCAGCUUCCCGUGAUCAGAUGACAAUUCGACCGUCGCUGCCGAAGAUGUCCACCGUGUGCUCCACAGCAAGAUGAGAGCAGGCACGGUCUCUUGUGCGUGAAUUAUUUUAUUGUUGUAGUAAACUUGCGCAACAUCGACCGUACUCUCCACCUCCCCCACGGAGGCCAUUGUCAAGGCAUGUCAAGAAGACCGAAGGUGGAAGAGGGCGCAGGCGAUUGGCACGGCCGGACCCGCACCUAGGCCUGCCACCACACCCCCUGGUCGACAACAGGAUUUUAACCAACAGCAAAAAGGGUCAAAAAGAGGAGGACGCAAAUCACUGGGGAAGCGUGUGCACGGCUUGUAUGCCAAACGGGAGCUCCAACGUAUUCACUGGCCGGGAAUUGGACGAUAGAGAACUGCCAACGCUCAUCGGGCUGUGAGGGCCAUGGUUUGUUGAAGCGUAGCAUAGCAUGCGUACACAGUCUUUGCAGCCAUAAUCAGCCACAUGUGUGUUCAGACCUCGGGAUCGAACGCCUUGAAGAACAAAAAAGACAGACCUCACCGUUUUUGUUUCACUGCUAUUGAAGUGUUCCGCUCGCGGAUUCGAGCCAUGGUCUAGCAAACGCUUUCUGGGGAAUCAGAUAAUGUUCGCGUUGUGUCGCGCUAACUCUCGCCUCGUAGUGCUUUUUUUCACAUCAUAUCAUGUAAUGUGCAGCUAAUUAUUGCCUUCAAAGAGACGAACAUGCAUGCUUACCAUCAGCCCUAUUUGUCGGGUCUAGCAGCCAGCUUGCAUAUUUAUCCUUCGGCCAACUGUCGAAGGCCCAGAUUCGUCGCACGUCGCGGGCAUCAUGGCAUCAACCUAGAUUUGCGAUCGGGGGACUUACAUUGUGUAGGUCUUGCCUUUCGCUUCAAAUUGGGUUUCAUAAUUCUCAAAUUAUCCAGCAUGCGAGACAACAGAAGCAAGAAUCUAUUUAAUGGCAGUUAACUUCGUUAUUUGUCAGUUUUGUUGUCGAAUUGAACAUUUUACGAGACCGGACUUCAGCCUUCCAUCCCCUUUCUCCCAUCAUCAGUUAGCUCUGUUUCCCGGAGUAUUUACUACCGGCGUUUAUCGUAACUAGUUCAACUGAUUAUGCUUCGGAUUGGCCGCGUUUAUAUUUAGACGCUUGUUACCCCAACCUCACAAGUCCUGGGUCCUGGGACCGCUGUCCUUUAUGGCUCUCAGCAAAGGCAACCCUGAUGUGGGCGAGAUACAGUCUCCGACAUCUUCGCCUUUAGGCGGACACGGUACACGGUGAACCCGUUCGACUUGGCUUAUUGGGGGAAAACAGUUAUCCAGUUGUUUUUUUCAAUCGACUGAAUGGUCGUUCCUAAGUCCUACGACUAUAGAGGCGAGUGCCGUGUGUUGAGGACAAACUGUUGCUGUGAAGGGGGUGCGUUCUAAGCUCACUGACAAUUUCUUACGUCUGCGUAUGAUGACUAUUUUAAAACAAUUUCCAUAUCUUUCCCGUCCAAACUCGUUCCGAUUUUCAACAAAUAAAGGCCGCUUGCUUCCUUUUACAUUUAUUUUCGACUUCCUUCUUCCCUUGCCUGUUUUACAGAAAUUUCUACCUAGUAUAAAAACCGCCGUUGACUUACACAAAUUUGUCUAUUAUUGUUUAGAUAGGUGACUUUGAGAGUGACGUCUGAUAUCCUCACUUUUUACAAGGAAUUUACCGUCAAUUCAAAUUCGUCUGCUUUGUACCCUUCGGAGGUGCAGCACGAGUUCUUUCGCGCUCAUUAAAGUCCGUAACACAGGGUUUCAGAAAGCCGCGUUCAAAAAGAUUCAAGGGCUUGCUAAAAGUUGGACUCUCCAAUCUUUUAUUCUACAGCGAUGUCGGUGUCCCGCUUGAAAAUUAGCGGCAACAUCCAAUACUUUCUGGCAGGGAUUCAUAGUUGUCAUGUUGCUGUGUUAUCACCAAACUUCGCUCUAUUUUAAGGGGUUUGGGCAUGUCUCUUCCUAAAGAACUGUUAGUCUAUUGGAGUACUUCCGUUUAUCCUCAACAACUGUCUGUUUGGCAGUUGGCCUUCCUGAAGUUGGUUUCACUGUCAACCAUUCAUGCAAUUGCGAGGUAACCAACAGCUAGACUACCAGCAAAGUUGGCCAAGACCUUGCAGGCAAUUGUCUCCGGAGCUGGUGUAAGAGGGACGUUCCACUAGUGAGUUGUAUCGGAAAUUCUAACGGUCGUCAGGACCUUGAGCCUGGGAUUCGAGGGAACUUCCUUUGGUUGCUCUGAAGUGAGCGCACGUCAAUUUGGUUGGCAUGUCAGAGUAAACUAGUUCCGUCUCUUGGUUGUGGGUAACGCGAACAUGCGAUCAUCUACCAGGUCGCAAAGGGCAGAGGAGACUGGACUAGCAACAUUUUCAGAUCUACUUUGUCCCUAGUCGGCUGGCCAUUCACCCGACCAAAAUCUCUGCCCGGACUCAAACAGAUGCGCAUUUAUGCGUAGCCCACACGGUCCACAAAUAAAGUCCAACGGAUAAGCAAGUAGCAUCAUAAAACUGGAGUUUCAUCAGCGCCUUCACGUCGGUCAGUCUUUGUCGGGUUUAAGCAGGCAUUUAUCCUCACGAUCUGAUUGCUGUCUCUGAACAGACUACUUUUAUCGUCUGCCAAUAGGGUCGGGAGCAGGCGACCACGUGCCACUUUGCAAGACGACCAAGGAGGAAGUAAACUACCUCAUUUUAAACCCACCGUCGCCACCUUGCUCAACUUUAGCUUGGUCGUGCCGCUGGUUGCACCCAAGAAAUGAAUUGACUGACAUGCGAUCGGCUGGCUUAACGGCUCUCUUGAGCACACAUUGCGGAACCACCCAGCACCAGGACACUUGACAACAUGCCAAAGCCCGCAAUCUACGUUUUAUGACCAAGAAUUAGAAUGUCGGCCGGAUUGAACAGCGUGCUAACUCCGAACAAAGCAUAGUUUGACCGAGGUCCAUGUGUUAGUAUCAAGGGCAAAUAUGUCAGGCUAACAGCCUUCACGCUCAGUUUAUACGUCACACAUUAUCUGAUAACUAUUCGCUUAGUAAAUGUCUUCUUUCUCAUCCCUCUUAGUAGUUACCUCCACGAUGUCGCAGCCACUCAUUGUGAAGGCCAAAUAUGAGAAGGAAAUUCGCACUUUGCCUGUUUAUACGGACGAGCUCUCAUUUGAUGAACUGCAUCUGAUGAUUUCACGUAUGUUCAAAGGCCACAUAGCCGCUGGUGACGAUCUCAUUUUGAAGUACGUGGACUCAGGUGGGCGUCUGCUCGACUUUCCUGUUAAUAUUUAACUUCCACGUUAGACGGUGAUCUGAUAACCCUCGGCGACGCAGCAGACCUUGAUUUGGCUCUCCUGGAAAAUAAAAAGCUCUGCGUCCACGUGUCCAGUAGGUGCCCGUACUUCCUCCCUCCUCCAUAUACCUCAUCUAGGUCGACCACAAAAGGAUAGUGAGCAUCCCUCAACCAACGAGCCAUUCGAACAUGAAGGGAAUCCGAUCACCUCGCCCGAGGGGAUAGUUCUCAUUGAUGAACUGGCAGUAGUUCGUUCUCAAAUCAACAAUCUCAUCGAUAAACUUGCCACUUGCCGUCCCGUCAAAACUACCUCAACAAAAUAUGUGAGUUGGGUUUCUUUUUUUCUUUCAUUUCUUGAAGUUUUUUUCAACAAGGAAGCGGUAAAAAUGAACAACCACCUCUCAGCCGAAAAUUACAUCUAAUAGCUUAUUUUAUGUAGCCUCUUAGAAGGUAUUUAUUCUCUGACCUACUAAGCAUCGCACCGAUUAGUUCAGUGAACAGUGAUUAGUUUUGCCCAACAUGAGGAUGAAUCACUGAUUUUGUGUCAGGGAACGAGCUCAAGCAGUCAGAUUUCUGUCCGCCAAAAAUACGAUAUACAGUAGGUGGGCUAACGCAUGAAAUGCCAACCGAAAUUCCAAAAUGCGUUUUCGUUUCGAAAAGUUUAACUAAGUAGUGUUGUAAAACUAGUAAUUGUGCAGCAUAAUUCUAUAAUAAUUCAGUUAUCUCUGGAUGCCGGCUUUCGAAGGAACUCCUUCCCGGCCGCAUGCAAAAACUAUACUCUGUAAAUAAUGACUACUUAAGUGGCAUGUGUUUUUCUAAUUGAUUUUCAAUGCCCCUAAAUAUUCAAUUAUGUUUCAUAGAAAACAUGCAUAAAAAUAUUCACCCUCAUGCUCAUUCGGGGGAAAAUUACGUCUUCUUCCAAUUUUUUACUCGAAGGAAGGGCAUAGUUCUGUUUUAAAUAGUUUCUAAUUGUGAGAUUUUUUUAAUGCCGUGAAAGGGCCGUUCAUAAAACCUCAUGUCUCUGCAUUUGCCAAUGUGGCUUCUAAAGUUAACAAUAUGGCUCAAAUCCACUGCUAGAUUUGAUGAACCCCAUACAGUCUCCUCUUAAUGCCGCAGAGAAAUGUAUGGUUUUCCGUACGCGGAAAAUAUACGACUUGUAGUUUAGAAGCUCUGAAUUCAAGUGCAACGGCAGGUCGGGUUCAAAAUUAUUUGGGAAUUGUAAAAGUUCUUGAAAAUUGAAUUAUACCCGGCCUUCGAGUAUGCGAGUGAAAGAAGACGUCGUUUUCUGCCGAAUGAGCAAGAGAAGGAAUAUUUUUAUGCAUGUUUUCCUUGAAAUAUAAGUUAAUUUUCAAGGGCAUCGAAAAUCAAUGAGAAAAAUGCGUGCUACUUAAGUAGCCAUUUUUUUUAAAGAUUACACGGUUUGCAUGCAACCGGGAAGAAGUUCUUUCGAAAGCCGGCAUAUCCUGAGGUAACUGGAUUGCUAUAGAAUUAUGCUGCACGAUGAUUAGUUUUACAACCCUACUUAAUUAACCUUUUUGAAACGAAAACGUAGUUCGGAAUUUCGGUUGACAUUUCAUGAGUUAGCUCACCUACUGUGAGUACCUUGGAAAGGCUAGUACCUCGUUGUCCUUCAGCCUCUGUAGUUGUCGCAACAGCGUGCGUUAACAUGCUCUCUUUUAUUUAAAUUUGCAGAAGGAUGUUGGAGUACAGGAGACAUUUGCAGCGCCCCCGGAUCCUCCUACGACAAACAUACUUCAGCCGAUUGCGAAGACCCAGGCGCCGCUCCCUUCGCGGACAUCGUUGUUCGCCACUGAUCCGACACUUGAUGUAAGUACCCCAGAGUUCAAACCUACUCGGUGGUAA